AUGUCUCGCAUCCUCCGCCUCCGCCCCCUCCUAAACCUCACCAAGACCCCUUCAACCCGCCUCUCCUCCACCUCAGCCUUCUCCCGAGGCCCCGCGCCCCCCCGCCUUCCAGCAGACCAACAAGCCGAGUUCGAGCGCCUCCAACGCCAGGCCUCCGUCUCCAGCGCCUUCCAACACCUCGUCGAAGAACAGUCUGAACCGCCCGCCGACUCCUCCUCCUCCUCCGCCUCCGCCGCCGCCGCCGCCGCCACCUCAGACACCAACACGACCGCAGCCGCAACCGAAGCCACAGCAACAGCAACGGCUACCCCCACCACACCCACAAUCGCAGCGACCGACGAAGACACAAUGCACCCAAACUACGUCCGCGGCGCCCCCGCAGAGUUCGAGGGCGAUGUGAACCCGCGCACCGGCGAGGUCGGCGGGCCCAAGAGGGAGCCGCUGCGCUGGGGGUCCGGCGGGGAUUGGAGCUACAACGGUCGCGUGACGGACUUUUAA